ACAGUCCUUCCACCAGUGACAACAGGCAAAGGCGCAACCGUCUUGCGUCUCUCGCUGGACCAGCGGAGGCGCGCAAUCGAAGCCAAUCGACAGCGGGCCCUAAGGGAGGGCGACAAGGUGGCUGCUGAUCGCCACCAAGCCGCCUUCCUUGCUCUUCUGCAUUCGUCCCAGAGGCGUCGUCGCCAAGUUGCCGGUGAGAAAGAUCCUUCUCUUGUCGAAGAAGAGGACAGUGAGGCUUCCCGUAAAGAAAACGACGAAUUUGCUGUUAACCAGAGCGAUCUGCCGUCAGAAGAAUCAAUAGAGGGGGUGGACUACAGAGGAAAUCAAAAGGCUGAGCAAAAUUCCAGUUUUCCGCAGGCGGAUGUAGAAACUACUGAUAUGGAGGACUUUUCGUCUAUCUGCGAGCCUGAACGAUCUGAAGUAUUAUCCACCGUGGAGCCUCAAGAGUCCCCCUGUCGAAGCUCUUCUCCACCACUUGAAAGUCCUGCCGACGAUAUUCCAACUCCUCGAAUAAAACGUCGAUCUAGCCCUGGCUCUAGUUCCUCGCCCUCACUACCUAGCGACGAACCGGAACAAGACGAGCUCUACUCGGUCUCCAGGCGGUGCCGAAAUCUCCAGCCAAAUCAUCCACAAAUUGCUCGCAACCACCAUCGCUCCGGAAGUCGCUGCUCCCACUGUACCGCUCACGACUAUUAUGACUCCAUACCUCGACGCAAACCAAGGGAUCAUCGCGAUUUGAACGGGGACGGCGACUUGAGUAGAAAUGGCGACUUUGGGGGGUCUUAUGGGACAAUGCCUGUAAGGAGAGUUUCGAAACCCCGUCGCUGUGUUGUCCAACAAUGUCGAUCGAUGAAAAAUAACUGCCAUGGCAGAGGCCUUUCUCCGGACGGGUCAAUGGACCUGCAUGAUUCGGAAGGUUUUCCAGACGACACAGCGUCGGAAAUUUAUUGGAGCACUCAUGCUGGAUCAGCCUGUCGCCUUAGAACCUCGCAUCACCGACUGAGGCAGCGCCAUUUGGACGCCCUAGACUCUGGUGAGGAGCUAAGUUAUCCUGUGCACGGUAUCGAUCAUCCACGUCGACAGUAUCGUUUGGAGGCCAAUCAUUUGGGCAAAUCCACGGGAACCGGUCUUGACGUGCUUGCCAUUGCCGAACUCGCGCGCUCAGUGACUACCUUGCGCUCCGAUAUUGAGCGUCUCACCGCGCAGCAGCAGUCACUUUUGGCAGCUUCACGGACCGACUUGCAUGAAAACAGGGUGAGGUCUACAUCACAACUCGAUUCGGCACACUCUUCAAGCAGGCUGCAUCUGGCCACUACACCCACUGGCAGUACAAGGGCCAUGUGGAGCACAAGAACACCGCUCAGAUAUCCUUCCCAGUGUGACGUGCAGGAGCAAUGCACAUCUCCACAGGAAGGGUGUAGCGUCCCUGUCGAACCGACAAAUCCAAUUGAAGCUCCACAGCAAAAUGCUCCUUCCCCUCCCAUCGAGAAACACUCAGUGAACGCAUCACUCCUCGAAUCAGAACCAAAAGAACCCCAGGACGACAGUGUGACAAAAUCUCUUUCGUCUGAACCAGAGGUCAUUAAGCCCGCUGAGAAGCUUUUCAUCACUUUUGAGAAUCCGACGUCUGAGCGUCUUCAACGAGCUCGGGAGCGUUUAGAAGCUCGAAGAGCAGCCGACCGAUCCAAACUAACGGAGAGUGUUAUUCGCGCUCGGAUAGCUGAUCGUGAGGCUCAAUUCUUCGAGGAGGUUUCCCAGAUGUCCCGAAAGGUUCAACAUCUUCCGCCAGAUAGCGUUCCUUCAACAGACCCAGAGUCUGACAACUCCGGCUUCCCAGUUCAUACCACAAUCGAUGGCGACACAGGCAGGAUCGCAGGUGCUGGUGCUGGCAACUCCGCAACCCUCCCAAAGUCUUCCCGACCGAACUCUGCUCGACCCCGUUGUCCCAAAACCUCCACUACUUUGCAGCAACAGAAUGCUUCCACCGGUCAGCGUUUGUCACGAUCCUCUUCUUUGAGCCGCCCCAAUAUUCGAAGUUCGGUAACUUCUAGCAAUGGAAAUCGCUCAAUUGCCAGCGCCUCCGUCACUGGUGGCGUAAAUUCCACUCAUGGAAAGAGAGACGCAGUAUCCAUGAACCGCCAAAGGUCCGCGUCUCGGCAAUCCAUAGGUCGACUUAGCAACGGACCCAGUCUGUCCUCUCUUCACCGAAGCGAAAACGGCGAAGAGAGCACUCACAGUGGUCCAGGCCUUCCAAUUGCCGGGAUUCAGCCACAAACGCGCCUUUAUGUGAAACCCAAGUCAAAGUCAAAUCGACAAGUGAUUGUAAAUGCAAUUUCCCACUACUGUCUUGCUGGAGCUGUAAAUGAACCGGCAAAAAAGGCCGCGUUGCAGGAGCUUGCCUCUGUGGAUGGAUCGCACUUCAUUGUCCUCUUCCGGGACGGCAGGUGCCAGUAUCGUGCUCUGUACGCGUUCGAUUUCGACACUGAGGAACUCAAACUCAUAUGCGGCAAUGGACCUCGUAAAAUAACCCACAGCAUGUGUGAUAAGUUUUACAAAUACAAUAGCGGUGCGAAGCAGUUCAGUGAAAUCACUUCCACAAAACACUUAAGCGCCGUGGUCGACGCAAUCACCAUUCAAAAUUCCUGGUGGAUGCGUGGUCCCCCACUGUAUAGUAACGCUGCACGGAUCGCCGCUGCCAGUGUGUCAGCGGCCCAUGAUGAUAGCAGAUCUUAA